CAGAGAUUUUGUGUCUUUAAAAUCGUACGCAUAAAAGGAGAAUUUACGAUUGAAUUAUUUCUUUAAAUCGGAAGCGGCCAGCCGUAAACGCUCUACUCACACAGGUGUACAGACACGGUCAGUUGGUUACAGAAAAAGAUGAAGUUAGCUCUCCUCAUUGCGGCCCUAGGCGUCCUCCAGCUGGUCAGUGGAACCCCAGUGAAAAGAGACUGCAGCGGAUGUGACGACAACGGGUCUCAUUACGAGGUCGGGAAAUAUUACGUAAAGAAUUGUAAUACAUACGAGUGUGUGGCGGACAAUGUCUCUAACUUGACAAUCCGAGCCUGUGAGGAUCCAGGGGAUAGCUCUGUUUGUCACGAUGUGGGUGCCACAUGGCUAAGUGAAACUGCCCAAGGAGACUUCGGAUACUGCGUAAAGCAUACGUGCUAUCAGCCUACCAACCUCAACAUUCUCCCUUACGUUCAAUUUUCAGACUUAGAGUGCCGAUAUAAGGGAGUGUGCAUGACAGACGGUGAUUCGGUGGAUAUUUCUGGCUGCAAGACGUUGACUUGCAAUGUGUUUGGGAAUGUCGUCAACUACACCACCACUGACACACCAGAUUGUGUUGGACAAUGUGUGUUCAGUGCAACCAAUACAACCUAUAACGCUGGUGACAGUUGGGUGUACAACUGUUACCGGUACACAUGCACCGGAGCUGGAACUUUCACCAGUCAACGGGAAUGCUGCAGUGUGAGCUCCAAUGGUCAGGUUGUCGACUAUCCAAUUGGCACAUUCCAGAUUGAAGGUCUUGACUGCAAUGAGUAUAUCUGUGAUGCUGAAAAUGGAUUUUCUGCAGGCGCCGUCAGUUGUUUGAACAGUGACACGGGCAGAUGUGAUCCUGUCGGAACGGUCAAGAUGGAUGGCUGUUUCAAAUACGAAUGUAAAAACUUUACCAGCUACGCCAGCUAUACUUUUGUUUCUGGUGGUUGUUAUGACUCGGCUGCAAGUAAAUGCAGAGACGUUGGGGAAACAUGGAUCGCAAAGACGAGCAAUACCGCUCCGUAUGAAGACACCGGAUACUGCUAUAACAAGACGUGCAGUUUGAGUGACAAUACCUACACUGUCACCAUUGUCAAUGUUCAAUGUUCUCUCAAUGGAAACUGCUACGACCUCGGCAAAACUCAAGAGUACAAACCGGAAGAGUGUUCUUCGGUGACGUGUAAGGACGAAGGUGGUCUCAUCACAUCUUUUUCCGCUCUGUGCCAAGACAGUGACGGUAACUGCCACCCUUAUGGCUCCUAUGGAUGGCCGUACGUGGUAAACGGUACACUAUGUACCAACUGUACGUGCAACCUGAUCGGGAACACCGUCAUGUAUUCCUGUGAGUACCCAGCAAGCUAAAGAUGCCACGACCGCCUUACUGCGAUAUGAAGCUGCCGAUGACAACGCCCCAACAUUCAGCCACAGGCCGAACAAAGACACAGGCGUUUUCAGAUAUCAUAUUCCCUGUCCGUAUGAGGUGUAAUAAAACUAUAAAGCAACACAAAUGUGCAGCCUUCAUCUUUUGUAUCUUACAGGUUCUUGUACACUGAGAGACGCUCUCGGGCUUCGACGUGAAAUAAUAUGCUUCACAGUGCAGUUUUACAUACAUGAAGAUUUGUCAAUUGUACGUUAUCAGUGUCACCUUUCACGAAAGCAACAUAUAUGGAAAUCAAGCUUUGUUUUAAAAUAUUCUGUUUACAAUUUUUUGUAAAACAAAUCUGGUUACCUUACCUAUAUGCAUAUAAAUUGCUUUCAAGAUAUAGAUCUACAACUUUGAACAUGCAGAAAAACCAUUUAUGCCAAUCCUGUAAAAGUCCCCUGACUGAAAUGUACAUAAAAAGACUCCUUGUGUUUUCACAUGUAG